AUGAGAUUUGACCCGAACACCAAAAAAUUCGACGCCCUCUACGAGUUCCACAAGGAACGGGGUCACAAAACAAAAGAUUGCAUCACCCUCAGACAAGAAGUCGUGAACAUGUUGCGGAAAGGACACCUCAAAGAGCUGUUAAGCGACAAGGGGAGAACCAACUUUGCUACAGGACAUGAAUGCCGAGGCCAGCGAAAGCCGCCAUCACCAGCUCGUAUUAUCAACAUGAUCAUCGGUGGUGGCGACGACGCCUCUAUUAACAGCGUGAAGUUCACCACCACUCACAAGCUCAAGCGGUCUAUCACCCGUGAACGCCACGCAGAUAUGCCAGGCAUCCCAAAGGAAAUCGCUACACAUAAAUUAAACGUUGACCCAUUCCACCCCCAGUAA